AUGUUCGGCGUGAAGCCUCCCAAGGUCAAGACGCGCACCGUAGCCGUGCCUGUCAGGAAGGCGCCCAACCCCGCUAAACCCGCGCAAUCCAACGGCCACGCGAUCGGGAGAAGUGGUGCGACGGCGGCGGCCCCCGUAAACCGGUAUAAAUUAUCGUCCCCGCCGCGGACCAAGGCGACGACAGCGCACGCGAGCGCGAGCAAUGGGCGCAAGUCGGUGACGGUCAAGAGUGUGCGCAAGCGCAAGGUCGAGACAUAUACGCCGCUGAGUAGCGACGACGACAGCAGCGACGAUGACUCCUCGGCGGACGGGCGGAAGCGACAGAAGAUGAGCAGUAGCAUGGAGCCCACGGGCAUCAAUCGGUGCCUGGAGCCCGACCACAACCGGCGCAUACGAUUACCGUCACCAGAGCCUAGAGGCGCGCAAGUAGAUGGCAACACAUCGAUAAAGCGGGAGAAUGGUGCGCCAGUAAAGCAAGAGAAUGGGACCUCGAUCAAGCAGGAGAAUGGCGUGUCCGUGAAGCAGGAAAAUGGCGUGUCGGCAAAGCAGGAGAACGGCACAUGCAUAAAGCAGGAGAUUGAUACACCCAUGAAGCCCGAACAAGCAUCGGAAACAAAGCGAGAGAAGGGCGCCGCGCCGGCGAAAGGAAAAAGGAGCAGCGAGGCCGCAAUGAUCCAUGGUCGGGGCAUCUGUAGACGAUUUGCAACGGACUACAAGCCCGCCUUCCCAGGUACAGAUGAGCCACCCGUGGUACAUCUGCAAUAUCCCAGCCCCUCGGCACCUGAACGUUUCCAAUUGUCUUUGCCGAAGGACGCUAGCAACUUCAACCCUCUCGAGGAUAUAUACUACGCGAUCGAGGAGAUCGUGCAGCACUAUCUACCUGCCGACCUGUCCACCGAGCUGUCUUCCGAAGCCGAUGGGACUGUCCGCCUGCUCAAGCGUGCCGCCUUCAAGAAACAGCCUGAGGAGUUCAGCCGUAUCGUGGAAAAGUUCAAUGCGACGAUCAAGAAGAAAGUCGACGACGGGACCAUAGCCAGUGUUCUUGACUCUAAGCAUGCGAUACCUCUGGGACUUGUCAAAUGCAUCCUGGCACAGGUCUACUGGCGCACCGUCUCCCCGUAUGCUUACCUUCUCAAACGGGUAAAAGGAAAGGAGACUACAUACGGCGAACUCCUCCCGCCAUUCGUACAUGCUAUCUUCCAACAGACCGGGCUCAACUCUCGUUCUGUUUUCGUCGAUCUCGGCUCUGGUGUUGGCAAUGUGGUGCUGCAGUCUGCAUUGCAGACGGGCGCCGAGUCCCACGGCAUCGAGAUCAUGGACACGCCCGCUGAGUAUGCGACUGACCAGGCCAAUGAAUUGCGCCUCCGCUCCAAACUCUGGAACAUCAACCUUGGCCCCAUUACUUUGCUCCACGGCGAUUUCCUCGAAUCACCGCAAAUCGACGAUUUGCUGCGCCGCGUGGACGUGGUACUUGUCAACAACAAAGUCUUCCCGUCGAAGCUGAACAACCAACUCCUUGACAAAUUCCUUGAUCUGAGGCUUGGCUGCAAAGUUGUGAGCUUGGCGAGCUUCGGCGGAGGCGGCAACAAGCAAGGCGUGCGGAACGAGAAUAGCAUCGCCAAUCUGUUCGACGAGGAGCGGUACGACUCAGGCACGGGUAGUGUCAGCUGGGCGAGUGAGAGCGUUGAGUACUUCAUCAUGACGAAAGUACGCUAA